AUGAAUUGGAGACCCAAAUACCACUACGAACGCUCACAUACACAAACCACUAGCACUUCUGUUUGCAGCCAUUACCACACUAUCUCUCUCUCGUUUCUUAUAAAAAUUAACCAAACUUGGAAAAGUGGGUUCACUUUGCCACAUUGCGUAAUAAAACUGUCCGUGAUGUUGCUCUCAGGUGUAGGUGGAUGGCGAGAAAAAGACGGAAACGUGAGGAACUCAGUUUGUGGAAGAAGUUAAGAGACAAGAAGGUGAAUCUGGUGGUCAAUAUGUGAUUACUUUGACUAUGAUAAGUUAUAUGCUUUCCUUGUAACUUGUGAACACAUUCGGAGGACUCACUUUAAAAGGAGCUCCAAAAUCUGCUAAAGUAUAUGGAGGGCAUUUUAUGAUGGAAGGUUGAUCGAUGGUCAUCACCCAGAGAAAGGCGGUUGGAAUUGGACCUAAAGUUGGUUGCUGAUAUAGGAAUAGUGGGUGCUCCAAAUGCAGGAAAAAACAUGUUUUUAAGUGUUAUUAGUGUUAACAUGUAGUGUUGUUUGACAUGUAAUGUUAGGUAACUUGUUUGACAUUUAGAUGAAAUUGAAUGUUUUGGUAUAUUUGUUUUUUUAUUAUGUGUAUUCACGUUGUAAAUGUGUAUCGUAAAUACACAUCGUAAAUGUGUAUCGUCACUGGUAGCUG